AUGCACGCUUCUCCCCGCAACGCAAGAAAAACCAGAAACUGUCUUCCCCGACCGCUCUCUCUCUCUCUCUCUCUCUCUCUCUCUCUGCUCUCUCUCUCUAACUGGGCGUACCUGAAGAUUGGUCGAUUCUGGAGUUGCAGCAUUAGCUGGCACCAUACCGGCCAAGUCAUUGAGGUAUUCAGAGGCUUACAUGGGACAAACUUACAGGAGGCCGUGUUGGGAAAUCACAUGAGAAAUUUGGAACCGAGUUUUAAGCAUUGAGACACCAGUAUGGACUUGUAUUUGUGCACUGGAUCUAAAAUAUUCGAAUCAAGAUGACUGAUUCUGGAGAUGCCAUGGCCCACUCAAUCAUGGAACCUCGUGAUGACAUGGAAUUUGAAUCGCAUGAAGCUGCAUACUCUUUUUACAAAGAAUAUGCUAGGUGUAUGGGAUUCGGCACUGCCAAAUUGAGCAGCCGUAGGUCUAGGGCAUCCAAAGAAUUCAUCGAUGCUAAAUUUUCUUGCAUAAGAUAUGGAAAUAAGCAGCAGUCUGAUGAUGCCAUUAACCCGAGACCUUCUCCGAAGAUAGGUUGUAAAGCAAGCAUGCAUGUGAAGAGAGGGAAGAAUGGGAAAUGGUUUGUUUAUAGCUUUGUGAAGGAGCAUAAUCAUGAGCUUUUGCCCGCGCAAGUCCAUUUUUUUCGGAGUCACAGGGACGCUGAUCCAGUCAAAAGUGAUCGGUUGAGGAAGAGGAAGAACUUAGCUUUAGUUUCCAAGUUAUGUAAUGCGUACCAGAGUUUUGAUUCCUUGGAGAACUAUAUGAGAAACCCACAUGAUAAGGGACGGAGAUUGGUUCUAGAAACGGGUGAUGCUCAAAUGUUGCUUGAGCAUCUUAUGCAGAUGCAAGAAGAGAAUCCACAGUUCUUUUAUGCGGUCGAUUUGAAUGAGGAGCAUAGGUUGAGAAAUGUGUUCUGGGUUGAUGCGAAAGGAAUGGAGGAUUACGCCAAGUUUGGGGAUGUUGUUUGCAUUGAUACUACUUGUUAUGCAAAUAAGUAUAAGAUACCAUUGGUUCUUUUUGUCGGAGUAAACCGCCAUGUUCAGCCAACGUUGUUUGGUUGUGCCUUAAUUGCAGAUGAUACGGUAUUUACUUUUGUUUGGUUGAUCCAGACAUGGUUUGUAGCAAUGGGAGAACGAGCUCCUCAAGUGAUUCUCAGUGACCAAAACAAUGCCUUGAAAGCAGCUGUUGCAGAAAUCUCUCCGGGAACAAGACACUGUUUCUGUUUGUGGCAUAUAUUGGAUAAGAUCCCACGACAGCUUGAGUAUCUGAGUCUUUGGCAUGAUGCUUUUAUGGUGAAAUUCAACAAGUGUAUUUUUAGGUCAUGGACAGAGGCUGAAUUUGAGAAGAGAUGGCGGAAGCUUCUUGACAGAUUUAACCUUCGAGAGGUUGAGUGGGUCCAACUUUUAUACCACAAUCGCAUGCAUUGGGUUCCUACGUUCAUAAGAGAUAUAUCUUUUGUUGGUUUGUCUACCACAUCACGUGCUGAAAGUGUCAACUCGUGGUUCGACAAGUAUGUUCAUGAGGAGACUUCACUUCGGGAAUUCAUAGAGAAGUAUAAAGUGAUUCUUGAGGACAGGUAUGAAGAAGAAGCUAAAGCAGAUUUUGACGCAUGGCAUGAAACACCCGAGUUGAAAUCUCCGUCUCCGUUUGAGAAGCAGAUGUCCUUAGUCUACACACAUGAAAUUUUCAAGAAGUUUCAGGUUGAGGUGUUAGGAGCAGCAGCAUGUCAUCUCAAGAAAGAAAAUGAAGAUGAGAGAGCUGCAACAUAUGUGGUUAAAGAUUUUGAGGAAAAUCAAAAUUAUCUGGUCGAGUGGAGCGAAUCAAAAUCGAGUAUAUAUUGCUCGUGCCGCUCAUUUGAAUACAAAGGUUACCUUUGCAGGCACGCUAUUGUUGUUCUUCAAAUGUCAGGAUGUUUCAGCAUCCCAUCGAGAUAUAUAUUGCAGCGAUGGACUAAUGCUGCCCUGAGCAGGCAUGCAAUUGGUGAAAAAUUGGAGGAGGUUCCAUCUAAAGUUCGUCGUUAUAAUGAUUUAUGUCGAAGGGCUAUAAUUUUGGGGCAAGAAGGAUCCAUAUCUCAAGAGAGUUAUAAUAUUGCUUUGCAUGCAAUAAAAGAAGCCAUGAAGCAGUGUGCAAAUGUGAAUAACUUGGUGGAGAGCGAAACACAGCCCAUCGGCUUAUCUGUUGUCACAGUUUCUGAACCUGAUGAAGUGAACCAAUCUCAAGAGCAAUCCAAAAAUCAGGCCGCUGAUUCUAGAGCCAGCACUAGAAGUAAGGCUCCCAGGAAGUCCGAUCUUGGAAAGGAGAAAGCUGCCAGUGAAAAUCAUAGCGGGAAAAAUGGAAAGGUGCCUCAGCAAGAUCCUCGGAUAGCUGCAAUGCUAGACGGCCUUCAUUCAACGGGACUAUCUGAGGGGAGAUCAGAGAACACGCAUAACAUGGUUCCGACUAUAUUCCACAAUUUAGCACCAGCACAGUUUCAUGGUGUAGCUUCGAUGCAUCUGCACGAGAACCAAUUGCCCCAGUAGCUUUGACAUCGAUACUUUCUGUAAAUUAACAUUUGCGCUAAGAUUGCCCUCUUACUGAGGUACAUCAGGAGAAAGGUACGAGUUGUAUUUAUUUGCUUGAAUCCGAUCCAGAAUCAGAGUGGAACGUGUAUACCUUCAGAAUGAAAGUUAUGCAUUCCUGAAUCCAUUUCGAAUUCUCUGUUGAUCUCGAAUCUUGUAAUAAUACGAGUUUACAAAAGCUCGCUUUUAGUAAUUGGAACGUGAUUAACUGUC